AGGCGGAUCGAACUAUUUCACUUGCGCUGAGGGGAGACAACACAUUCUCAUGCAGGUCUCCAAGUCCUUUCAUUCAUUGCGUGAUAAUAUUUUUUAAUUCGCGUGUUUUCCGUUUUGUUUUUAAAUCUGAGAGUUUUUAGAGUGGUCUCUGAGAGAGUAGAUAUGCAGAAGGGAGUGAAGAUGAAGAUGACAUCUGAUCAGACCACAGAGGGUUUUAUUCCAGGAGACAUAGUGUUUGCUAAGAUGAAGGGUUAUCCUUUCUGGCCUGCCAGGAUUGGUGAAGGAAAAUCCCCCCAAAAUAAGAUCCCCAUCUUCUUUUAUGGAACACACUCCACAACGUUCCUCUUGCCCAAAGACAUCGCCCCCUACUGGCCAAACAAAGAGAAGUACGGCCGGCCAAUCAAACGCGGUGGCUUCGAGGAGGGCAUGUGGGAGAUCGAGAACGACCCCGGUGUGGGCCUCAGAAGUCAAAAGAAAGCAGCGCUGGUGAAGCGACUGUCAGAGAGUCGACCGAAACUGAAAGACAGCACGAAGAAGAAGAACGCAGAUAAUCAGAGCGAAGCCAAGAACCAGACCGCAUCCCGUAAGGAGUCAGCAGCGACGCCUCGUAAGAAAGAAACUCCUGUGAAAACCAGCAAAACAAAGUCUGAAUCCGUCGCGCCGGCAGACGCUAAAACAACUGUGACGAGAUCAACACGCUCCAGAGAUUCGGUGACAAAGACCGUCACGCCAGACGAGAGACGGACAGAUAAAGUCACGCCAGACGAGAGACGGACGGAUAAAGUCACGCCAGACGAGAGACGGAAGGAUAAAGUAACGCCGGAUGAGAGACGGAAGGAUAAAGUCACGCCAGACAAGAGACGGACGGAUAAAGUCACGCCAGACGAGAGACGGACGGAUAAAGUCACGCCAGACGAGAGACGGAAGGAUAAAGUCACGCCAGACGAGAGACGGACAGAUGAGAGACGGAAGGAUAAAGUCACGCCGGACGAGAGACGGAAGGAUAAAGUCAUGCCGGACGAGAGACAGACAGAUGAGAGACGGAAGGAUAAAGUCAUGCCGGACGAGAGACGGACAGAUGAGAGACGGAAGGAUAAAGUCACGCCAGACGAGAGACGGAAGGAUAAAGUCACGCCGGACGUGAGACGGACAGAUGAGAGACGGAAGGAUAAAGUCACGCCGGACGAGAGACGGAAGGAUAAAGUCACGCCAGCGAAGAGACGGACUGAUAAAGUCACGCCAGCGAAGAGACGGACUGAUAAAGUCACGCCAGCGAAGAGAGUGACGACAAUGAAGACGGUCGCUGAACGAAGGAGGAUUUUACCGUCCAGAAAGAUAAUUUUAGCAGCAAAGACGCUUUCUGCUCGCAGGAAACGCACACUGAACAGAAAGAUAAUUUCAACCACCAAGAAACGGAUAGACGCUCAUAAUCUCAAGCAGCCCUUGAGGAUCACGCGCUCCACUGCAGAUCUGACCCAGACCUCAAACCAAAUCACUGCCACGCCGGCGAAGCCAGCCGCUCUGAAACGAAAACGCUCUCAAACUGAAUCUGAUGUGAAGGAAGACGCUCAUGUUCCUCUUCCUGUGACGGACAGCUCCGCCCUCUCCCCCCCAGCAGAUUCAAAGAGGAAACGGCUCACAGUGGAGCAGACUCCUGCACCAGAAGAACUGGAGAAGAGCGAGGUCAAGAAGAUAAACGCACAAGACAAGCCUGAACAGACAGAGACGGUGAAUAAACCCAAGCAGACGAAGAGCGACGUGCUGAUUGUCUCUGAAAAGCAGGACGAGACAAAAGAGGAGAAGAAAGCGAUAGAUGAAGAGGUGAGCGCGGACGAGAGCGCUUUGGAGAUACGGAGGAGCAGCAGCGGUCUGACGUCUGUCUGUGUCUCUCAGAAGAGCAAGAUCCUGGCCGAGAAGAGGCAGAGCGUGCUGAAGUCGCUGCAGGGAUUGGUGACGUCUACAAGAGGAAAGACACAGACCGGCGCAGAACAGACGAUGCACUGCGAGGAGCCGCAGAAAUGGCCCGAGAGGAGCCGCGGGGCCCGGAGCCCCCUCAAACCCACAGCCGAGGAGGAGGAGGAGGAGGAGAAAGAUCCGGAGCAGAACGGAGAGCGUGACAGCAGGAACACAGAACAGCAGAACAACAGCAGCAGCAGAGAGGAAGAGCGCAAAGCUCACUCUCUGUCCGUCACAGACUCUUUGCUCUACCGGCUGCAUGGUGACAUCAGAAUCUCAAUGACGCUCGAAAAUCCAGAUGUCAGUAAGUGUUUAUUGGCUCUGGAUGAGUUGAGCACCGUCCCGGUCUCGUCUCGAAACAUUCAGAACCACAGCGAGCUCAUCGACACGCUCAGAAAGAUGCGAUGGUUUCGUGGCAGCGAGGCGAUCAUGUUUAAAGCAUCCAUGUUGUAUCAUCGCUUUAAAAACAUCUACCUCAUCGGAGACACCGACGAGACUUUGAGUCAGGAGUACAUCGACUCGUUGCAGGAGGAGAGAGAGAUGGACACCGGAGCAGUUGAUGGAUUUCCUGCUAGAUUCUGUGGUAAUAACAGUGAGUCUGUGUCUGUGUUCAGCUCUCAGUCGGACGAGCGUCUGCGAAGAGACCCGAGAUACGAAACAAGCGCCUCGAACCACUGAACACGUGCCUCACAGUGCGGACAGGAGCUGACGCGAGGAAGCCACCGCCGUUUUAUCCUUGUUGUGUUGUUCUGUUAUUCUGAAAUCAGGCUUUUUAUCCGCUGUUGGAGGGAGUUUUAUCCUGUGGCCGUUGCUGUUAUUUAUUGACGCUGAUAAGAAGAGCGUUUUGACCGUCCUCGUGCCAUGAUGUCAGUGUUUUUGCCCUCUUUUAAUACUUCAGACGCAGAAGACGAGAGAAAGACUAAUAAAGCGGCGAUGUUUCUCCCGUCAGUCCAUCAUCAAACACGCUUUGAUUUCUGAUUAGGUUCAUGCCUUUCCUUUUAUCACAGAGCUUUAAAUCACAUCAGGCUUCAGCUGUGUGUUUUGCAGACGCACCACAGCCACAGCCUGAACUAUUCGAGGGAAGUUUGCCUAAAUAUAGUCUGAAAAUGCAGCAGAUUUAGCCCCCUAGACGCCUCCCAGACCCAUGUUUGUUCUCUGUUGUGUUUGUACGAUGCAACACAAUCAAGUACAUUAAACCCCAGCAUUAAAAUGUUUAAAUGGUGUGUUUU